UCAUUCAUCAGUUUUCUCUUGCCGUGAGUGGGUCGUGCUCCUUGUGUGAUGUGCGGAAAAAUAGUGUCCUCCAUACCCGUGCCCAGCAGCAGUAGCAGCAGAUUAUUCAUCCAUCAGCAGCAGCAGCAGCACUACCUUUUUUCUUUAGUUUUUUGUUAAGUUUUUCGGUCCGGAAACACCCGGUUUUCUCUUCAGUUUUUGGUUCCGGCCCUAUCGGUUCGAGUGAAAGUAGUAAAAAACCCGUUCCGAUGAAAAAACGGUGCAGAAGAAAAAAUAGUGAAAAAUCCCUUUCCCGACAUCAGGAAUUUUAUUAGCAGCCGAGUAAAAAGAAGAAGAGGAAUAAAAAGUGGCGUUCAAUCGACGGCUGUGCGACGAAAAACGGACAAUAUUCUUAAGAGCUCGGUUGAUUCGAGCAGAAAAAAAAGUGCGACGACGAUUAGACGACAGCGCAUUGUGAGCGGCGAGCUGAAAAAGUGUUCUGGGAGUGUAAUUUCCGUGCAAGGACCAUUUUUACUUUAUUGGUUUAUUUAUUUUAAUAAUGAGUGAUUAUUCAAACCAGAACUCGCAAAAUUUUAGUCAAUCGUCAGCAUUUGCAGCCGCUUUACAGAGAGCUAAACAAAUUGCCGCUAAAAUACACCCGGGUGGUAACCAACCGGUUAAGAGAUCGAUUGAGGACGACUCGGGACCAGAAUCGAAAAAGUUUGGUGGACAGUCCGACUAUAACAAUGCCCAUUCGCCGACUGGCAUGAGUCCAGCUGCUAUGCAAGCCGCUGCUCAAGCUGCAGCCGUAGCCGCACGUUUGUCGCAAAUCAACAAUAACUCAAACUCGAACUCAUCCACCGGUGGAGCACAGGACCCAGUCCAGAGAGCACGUGACCUUAUUAGCAAGAUGGUGAAUCAACAAGGAGGAGGUGGCCACAACGGUCCAAUGGACAAUGGCAACCAUGGCGGUGCCGGAGGUGGUGGCCGCGGAGGAUUCGGCGGAGGUCCCGGUAACUUCAACAACCAACCCUUCCAAGAGAUUAUGAUUCCUGGUUCCAAAGUGGGACUUAUUAUUGGCAAAGGCGGAGAAACAAUCAAACAAUUGCAAGAAAAGUCCGGAGCCAAAAUGGUCAUCAUUCAAGAUGGACCAGCACAAGAAAUGGAAAAGCCCCUACGCAUUUCCGGAGACCCACAGAAAGUGGAGCAUGCCAAACAAUUGGUCAUCGAUUUAAUCCAAGAGAAAGAUAACUAUAAUGCCCAACGGCAACAGCAAGCACCAAUGAACGGAACCGAACAGGCGGAGGUAUUCGUUCCAAAGUCGGCGGUCGGUGUCGUCAUUGGAAAAGGAGGAGACAUGAUCAAAAAGAUACAGGGCGAAUCCGGCUGCAAGCUGCAGUUCAUUCAGGGACACGGUGACGGACCAGGGGACCGCCGCUGCAUAGUGCAAGGCUCCCGAGCUCAGGUCGAAGAGGGAAAACGAAUGAUCGAGGAACUGAUCGAAAGCGUUCAACGGCGAGAACAGGGAGGAGGUGGACGUGGGGGCCGAGGUGGUGAUCGAAACGAUCGCGGAGAUCGAGGUGACCGACCGCAUCGUGGCGGCCGAGACAAUCACGAUAACGGCAACGGCGGACAGUAUGGUAAUGACUUUGGCGGCCCACAAGUCACACGGGAAGAAUACACAUUCACGGUUCCGGUCAACAAGUGUGGUAUUAUUAUCGGUCGCGGUGGAGACACGAUCAAGCAAAUCAACCAGCAGUCCGGUGCACACACUGAGAUGGACCGAAAGGCGUCCGCGAAUCAGACAAACGAGAAAACAUUCACCACCAAGGGUGAACCACACCAGAUCGAGGAGGCAAAGCGACUGAUCCAGGAUAAAAUCAACAUGGAAAUCAAUCUGGUUUAUGUCGGUACCUCGACAGCUCCCGCUCAGCAGUAUCAGAAUAAUGGCCAACAGAAUGCUUACGGUCAGAGCUGGGGAGGCUAUCAGCAGCAGUCGUGGGACCAAUCCCCGCAGGUACAACCCAAUGCGGCAUCCGCUGCGGCAGUUCAGCAACAACAGCAAGGUGGUGGUGGACAGGCAGACUAUUCCCAGCAAUGGAUUGAAUACUAUCGACAAAUGGGAAUGCACCGUGAAGCAGAGAUGAUCGAACAACAGGUCAAGGCUCGACAGGCAGCAGCAACGCAACAAGGUGCAGCGGCGGCAGUGGCGGCAACAGUCCAAACGACACAAGCUAAUCAAACUGUCCAAGGUACAUCAGUGGUUGCAACGAGCAAUGCCGGAGCGCAACAGGCGAGUGGCGGAGGAGGCGGCGGCGGCGGUGGUGGCCAGGCGGAUUACAGCGCCGAAUGGGCCGAAUACUACCGACGGCUCGGUAGGAUCGAUGAAGCCGAGGCGAUUGAAAAACAAAUCGCAGCUAAUAAGACGGUACCAUCGGCGGGUGGCGGCGGAGGUCAACCAGGAGGUGCGGCCGGGCAGCAGUUCGGUGGUGCUGGUGGUGCGCCUGGCGGUGCAGGUGGUGGCAACCCUCAGCAGAUGGCAGCCCAACAAGCGGCCGGAGGUUUCAACGCCCAACAGUUCCAGCAGUACUACGCAGGAGCGGGAGGCGCCGGCGGCCAACCGGGAGGUUAUCAAGGCUAUCCUUAUGGGGGCGGAUAUCCCGGUCAGCAGGGCGGACAGCCUGGACAACAGCAGGGUGGACAGGGUCCAGACAAAAACUAAUAAGCGUACGCUAAUGGUGCGUACCACAGUCGAGUGCUGUACCCGCCCAAUGACGACAACUUCCCCUUCCAAACCCCGUAAUAUGUUAAGAUUAUGAAUGCUAUAUAACCAUAUGUAUCGACAAACACAGAUUAACAAAACUAGCGUUCAAGCUAUGUAGGACAAAUGAAAUCUAGGGUUGAUCACAGCUUAAUAGUAAAGUCAGAGAAAAAACACAGAGAUACACUGAACGUAGCUAAUAAUCAAGAUACUGAAAGAAGCAAGAACAUUCAACUUAACGUAAACCAAGAAUAAUAGUAAACUAAAUAUUAACCGAUUGCAUUGAAAUUCAAUAGAGUCUAUAUAUAUGUGUAUGUGUCCGUUUGAAACUUUAGGUUUUGGAUGGGUUUGAUUCCGGGUAUGACGGUACCGUGCAUAAAAACUGUUCUACACCAAACUGCGACGAGAAACCAAGCAAUAACUGCCGGGGUGCGUUUUCGGCGACAUUCUCCCACGGCGGGUGUCUUUGAGGGUUCGCUUCUGUGUCAGUAUUCCACCCGAAAGCGAGCUCUCCUGGUUGUAUUGGCGCUUCCGAUAACAACACUAUUAAUAAGUUCCAUUUGGACGACGGUAUAUGUGUUUUUCGAAUUAUAUACUUUACCAAAUGAUGUAAUUAGACAAUUCCACAUAGAUGCUCUUUCCCAUACGAUUGAAUUUAACAUAAAACUUACUAAAUGAAUUGAUAUCACAUCGUUUUAUAUUAUAUUAUAUUUAUCAUUUCAUUUACCGUAUCAUAACAUCUAUUUUAUCAAAUAAGAAAAAUGGCCAUUUUUCUUUAGCAUUUAUACUAUUUUAUUAUCAAUCGUAUGUCCCAUUUUUUAUUUCCUCAAGCUUCUUUAUACUUUCUUCAACAAGUUCUUCAAAAACAGGCGCUAACAGUGCAGGUUAAAGCUAAUCUUACCGGAGGAUAUUGGCGUAGGGACGUACGGGGGAAUAUAAUACGAGUUUGAACUCAUUCAACCGGGAAGGUAAUUUUUAUUCAACAAAUUAUUGCUUUCUGAUAAAUUUCUAUCAACAAUUGACUAUUAUAUGAUAUAUACCUGAAUUGUUUAUGCAACCAUAUAUACAACUGUGUACUGAUGUAUUCAUCUUAUCAAACGAUACACAAUUUGCUAUUGAAUGACACAUUUAGCUUCUGAAUGCAUUGAUUUUCUGACAUCAAAGUGUUAUUCUGUUAUUAAAAUGGUCAAUAUUCUUAAAUAUUAUGGACUCUUAAAUAAUUGUAUAUUAUUUUAUCUCCGGAAUUGUUUAAAUUAGUAACAGCUAAAGUGUGUAAUUCGAUCGCCCCCUCAAAAAGGAGCGUCGCCUAGUGUGGUGAAUCGGCAUGGAAACCGUUUGAAUAUUGUGGAACAGUGAAGAAUCAAACACAACAAACAUUACAAAGUUCUCAGUCUCGUUAUCAUACUCAUGUGGUUAAAUAUAGUCCCAUAGAAACAAUAAAAAGCUAUGAAGAAUGAACAAUAGUAACAGACACACAAGCAAAGACACUUUAUUUAAAAGUGAUAUUGAAAAAGCUCAGAAACAAACCAAACAUAGAACAGUUCAGAAGACAGCGUCAAGCAAGCAUAAUAAUACAGUGAAUCGAACAAUGGCAAGAAAAGUGACUAGAGGAGUGCAGUUUAUGAAAGGACUCCUCCACCCUCCUGUAGCGAAGGCAAACCAAGCGCGGACACAAAACAUGAUGACGGAGUUUGAACACAAAGGUGAGAUUGUAUCGACAAUGCGUUACAUGUAAAUGAUUUUGCAUUUUAUUUAUCGAUGUUUCAUUACUUUUGUCACAACCAUACUGCGUGUCUCAGUGUUGGAUGCGCACUUCAUAUAAUAAUGAACAAAUAAACAAAACAAUGUGUGUAGUCAAAGGUUUAUUAAUUCCCUAAAUUAAGACGAGAACGUUCAAACACAACCUUCUGCUAAAACUAGCUUAUCUGAUAACACAUUUAGUACAAUAAGAUAUCAAUUUUUAUCUUUAUCGAUAUAUUGCACAUUACAUGAAGCAACAGUUUUUAUCUCGAAGGGUUCUGCUCCAAAAGCAUCAAUGUACAUUCUUUUAUUUUCCUUGUCACUGCAAUCUAUUCCAAAUGAUCACUUGAAUAAAGGUCAACCACUGAUUAGAUUCACUUAUUCUAGAUAGGAAUAAAGAAACAGAAAAGUGUACAAUGUGUAAAAGUUUGUUCCGUUCGGUUGGUAUUCGGAUCACAGUAGCAGCGAACGCCAACGGGAUGUCCAGGCUCUGGCUGCCAGAGUCAACAGUGAUGGGAAUGAGCCUACCUUCCACUCUACGGAACGAUUGCGAUACAUCUUUACAUUGGUGAAUGAUCUCAUUUUUAUUUCUGAGUUUGCAUAUCAUUUUAAUUACAUCCAGCCGACAUGUAAUGCAGCCUAAAAAAGGGGAAUCAGAUUGGAUUUCCCAUCUUGACGGAAGCAGUUAAUCGUACUGGUGUAAGCAAAGUGAGACACGUGUACGUUUUCCUUGUUUGGUUAUAUAAAAAUAUAGCUGUUCUUCAUACCUAGA